AUGGAAAAGCCAAGUCCUUUGGCUAUUUCCAUGGCUUCCAUGCUUCCUUUUGUUAUUGUUCUUUUGCUUUCACACGCCUCGUGUGCUUCCCUGACAGACUCAGUAUAUGGAGCUUUUGUUGAUUGUCUAAGAAACAAUAUUCACUCUACCAACAUCUCUGGUAUAGUGUUUGCUCAAACCAACGCAUCAUAUACUUCCCUUCUCCGUGCAUACAUUCGUAACGCCCGGUUGAACACCAGCUCUACACCAAAACCCUUAAUCAUUGUCACACCAUUGCAAGAAUACCAUGUCCAAACAGCAGUGAUUUGUGCCAAAAGCAUCGAUAUUCAACUCAAGACAAGAAGCGGUGGCCAUGACUUUGAGGGUCUCUCAUACAUCUCCGACGAACCUUUCAUCAUGCUUGACAUGUUCAACUUCCGCAACAUCACAGUGGAUGUGGAAAAAGGUGUUGCUGUGGUCCAAGCCGGUGCCACGCUUGGAGAAGUUUAUUAUAGGAUAUGGGAGGAGAGUGAUGUUCAUGGCUUUCCUGCAGGUGUUUGUCCCACGGUUGGUGUUGGUGGUCAUUUUAGUGGAGGAGGGUAUGGCAACAUGAUGAGAAAAUAUGGGUUAUCUAUCGAUCACAUCAUCGAUGCUCAGAUUGUUGAUGUCAAAGGUAGGAUUCUCAACAAGGAGUCUAUGGGGGAAGAACUAUUCUGGGCCAUUAGAGGAGGUGGAGGAGCAAGUUUUGGAGUCAUAUUAUCAUACACUAUUAAAUUGGUUCCUGUGCCAGAAGUUGUUACUGUUUUUCGAGUUGAGAAAACUUUGGACCAAAAUGCCACUGAUCUUGUUGUCCAGUGGCAACAGGUUGCACCACACACGGACGAAAGGCUUUUCAUGAGACUGGAGUUGCAGCCUGUGAAUUCCAACGUUGGAGGGAGGCACAGAACUAUUAGAGCUCAGGUUGUGACUUUGUUUCUAGGAGGAGCAGAUGAGCUUGUGUCGCUUUUGGACAAGGAAUUUUCAAGUUUGGGUCUAAACAGAGAGAAUUGCAUCGAAAUGAGUUGGAUUGAAUCUGCACUUUGGUGGGCUAGUUUUCGAAAUGGUACCCACCCAAAUGCUCUACUUAACAGAAAGCUCAACUCAGCAAAGUUCCUCAGAAGAAAAUCUGAUUAUGUGACGACUCCAAUUUCCAAAGAUGAGUUAGAAUGGGUAUGGAAAAGGAUGAUUGAAUUGGGAGAAACAAGUAUAGUUUUCAACCCAUAUGGUGGAAGAAUGAAUGAGAUUUCAGCAGAUGCUACAGCAUUUCCUCACCGUGCAGGAAAUCUGUUCAAAAUUGAAUAUUCUGUUAAUUGGAAUGAACCGGGAUACGCUUCAGACAAGAACUUCACAACACAGAUUAGAAGGUUACACAGUUAUAUGACCCCCUUUGUGUCCAAAAAUCCAAGGAGAGCUUUUCUGAACUACAGGGACCUUGACAUUGGUAUCAAUCAUCAUGAUAACAAUAGUUACCGCGAAGGAGAGGUUUAUGGUAUUAAGUAUUUCCAUAACAACUUCUAUAGAUUGGUGAAGAUUAAAACUGAGAUUGACCCCGAAAACUAUUUCAGAAAUGAACAGAGUAUCCCUAAAUUAUGA